AUGUCGACCGGCGCUGAAGGCCACGGCUCCUCCACAUCCUCGACACCUCCCGCGGUCACUACAUCCUCGCGACGAAAGACCCGCCGUUCAAAGGCUCAAUCCUCAUCGUGCGGCUUCCGCAAAAGCACUCGCCCAAAGAAAUCACAGGUCUUGCACUGUGCGGUACGGAGGAGUCGCAAACGUCCGGCACCGCAAACCCCGGAUCGAGAGCGGUUGCUUGAGGUGGCCCGACGUAAAGCACAGGGCAUUAUUGUACCUCUCGUGCCGUCGCCCCUCUGUGGUGCGCCCAUGAUCAUGUCCAGAUCUGCGUCACCGGAUAGACAAGCAGCGACUGGUGAGCAUGGUCAGCGCGCGGUUGGUGAGGGGUUCUCCUCGGGCCAGCGUCGAGCUCGGACAAUUGGGGAUGUGUCAGUCGAAGAGGAUGCAAGGUCGGAUGUCUCCGCCCUGUCAUCGGAAUCGACCAUGUCCAAAAGGAAGGGUCGAAAGGCAAUGGCGGCCAUGAUGUCGGGACUGGAAGGUCGGUUGUUUCCCCGGAGUCUGUCUCGGGGGCGGGAGUCCAGCCGCGGUCCCUCGACACGGAAGCGCACUUCCUCACUGGACUCUCACUCUGCCCACUCCGCCGCACGCUUGAGUCGUUCGGCUUCCCCCACAAAUCGACACUCCCCCGUCUCGUCUCAUGUCGUGACUUUGGCCUCCUCGGAGAAGGAACCUCCACUGAAUAUGGAACCAACUCGGAACAAAUCCGACGAGACUCUGGUGAAGCAUUCGGCGGACAUGCCUGGCUACGUCCAGCCAGCCGAACACAGUGAGAGUGGAGAGCGUGUGGCCAAGGAUGUCUUUGACCGAGAAAACAAUAUGUUGGCGAGCAGCAGCGACGACGACCACGGUGAACAAGGGAACAGUGAUGAUGGCGACGAUGAUCACGACGAUGACAGCGAGAGCGACAGCGAUGAUGGUGACGACGAAGGAUCCAAGGAAGAUGAACCCUGUGCUCCCGGUGUUACUUUUGUCAAUGUUGCCCGUGGUCGCCAAACAAAUCCUCGCGUUGAUAACACUUCAAAUAACAACCCCGGCGACAACGGCAGCUCAAAAGAGCCUCCAUCUACGCAUCAAGACAGCCACCCUACCACUUCUACCAAGCUCAACAUUCCCAAUCAGAAUCGCAAGCCGCAAAAGUCUGUUCUCAAAAGUGUCGUUCGACCCCAGACCAACUACGAGAUUCCCACUCCGCGUGCUCGAUCUGCUGCCGGCACUCCAUGCGGGUCCGAUGACGAAGAGGAAGAGGCUGCCAUCAAUCGCGCCCAGCAAAUGAGCAUCUACGUGUCGACAAUCGACAAUCGUGUCCCUAAUCGUUCGAUACGGACGAUCGUCCGUGGCGAGUAUGACGACGUGCAGCAAGAAGCUAAUGAAGGACGUCGCCGUCAACGCAAGUACCUGGUUGCCACCGACCUGAGUCAAGAGUCUCAAUAUGCCCUUGAAUGGACGAUUGGCGGCCUGCUACGCUCUGGCGAUACCAUGUACGCGAUUUACGCCAUCCAUGAGGAUGCCAAUGCGACCUCGGUCCAGAUCGGUGAAGGGGCAAAAGCCAUGCAGGAUGCCGUAGCGGUUGUCGGGAACCAGACGAAGGAGGCUACCGGGGCUCCUCGUGCCCCUGGUCCCCUCAAUCUGCUAGGCCGGCUGAGCUCUGGAGUCGCUAGCAAAGCAGGAUCCGUCGAAUCCCGUAUUUCGCCAGCCGCAGAGGCUGAGCGAGUCCGUGCUGUGGAGAAGAUCUCCGAUAUUUGCAUUGGAUUCCUGCGCAAGACGGGCUUGACCGUUCGUAUCGCCGUGGAAGUCAUUCACUGCAAAAGUCCAAAGCAAAUGAUCACCGAAGCUAUUGACGAACUGGAGCCGACUCUGGCAAUUGUGGGUGCUCGUGGUCAAAGUGCCUUGAAAGGUGUCCUCCUCGGCUCUUUUUCAAAUUACCUCAUCUCCAAAUCCUCCGUUCCGGUGAUGGUGGCUCGUCAUAAGCUCCAGCGUCAACUGUCGACACAUCAGACCGGCAUGAGAUUGGCAAACAACCUUACCGCAUCCAAAACCCUUCGCGUGAGGUUGGAGACGGAGGCCAAGGCUAAAGCCAAGGCAGAGGCAAAAGCAAAGUUGCAGGCAAAAGCACAGGCCAAGAAGGAUAAGGCUCAUUAG